AUGCCGGCUGUUCGUCAGUACACUGCCUCUUCUAGUCAGAAUCUGAACACACAACAGAAGCAGAUGGCAUACCCUGUCAAGCCUGUCAUGACAUCCAAGCAAGAUAACACCUUACGAGCUGCGGCUGAAGAUACCAUCUCUCCCGGAUCUGCAGCAUCUCAUGUUCAGUCUACUGAAGCUACCAGAAAAGACACCGGGACUCUUGAUGACUAUCUCAAGAUCCAACAACGAGAUAUCACGGCGCCUAAUAGGGAAAGAAGCACUUUGAACCAGAUGACCUAUUCGGCACUUGGUCUAGGUACAGGUACGGACACCGGCGAGGCGAAUCGAUCAACACUCAAUCAAUGUGCUGGUUGUCCGGGCUCGACCGCAUGCGGAGGAUGA